AUGCCCAGUCUACUCAUUCUCUUCUUCAUGAUCUUCUUUCUCCUGGAGUCUACAGUGGCAAUUGUAGAAAAUGGUUUCAUUAUCGUAGUGCUGAGCAGGGAGUGGAUGCGAUGUUCGACUCUGCCCCAUGGUGACAUGAUCCUGGCCAGCCUGAGCAUCUCCCGCUUCUUUCUACAGUGGGCAGCAGUUCUUAAUGAUUUCUUCACAUAUUUCUCCCCAAGUGAUGGAAGUCUAUACCUUGACAUUUUCUGGAAUUUUACCAACACGACCACAUUCUGGCUCACCACUUGGCUUGCUGUUUUCUACUGUGUGAAAAUUUCAUCCUUCACUCACCCAAUCUUCCUCUGGCUGAAAUGGAGAAUUUCCCGAUGUGUCCCCCAGCUACUGUUGUGGUCCCUACUGAUAUCUACUUUGAUAAUCAUCUCAUAUUUUGUAAAGACAUAUCCUAUUUUACAACCACCAGUCACUGGGAAUUACUCAGAAAAGACCACUUUGGAAGAUAUGAGACGCAAAUUACAUAUGCAUUUUUUCUUGCCUCUCCAAAUGUUUAUUUUGUUAAUACCUUUCCUCUUCUUCCUGGUCUCCAUUAUCUUGCUCAUUUCCUCCCUGUACCGACACUUGGGGAACAUGCAACACCACAGUGCUUGUCCUCAGGAUCAGAGUAUGCAGGUCCAUAUUACAACCGUGAAGUCAUUUUUCUUCUUUCUCAUCCUCUGUACAUCAUAUGUUCUGCCUCUUAUCAUUACCCUCAUAACAGUUUACCCUUUUUCAGUUUGUAGCUCUCGGUUUUGGGUAUGGGAGGUAUUGACCUAUGCUAGCCUCUCCAUUCAUCCUGCCUUCCUGAUCCUGAACAACUCAAAACUGAGAAGGGCUCUGAAGAAGAUGCUUCAUAACCCAGAGGCUGCGUAA